CCUUAGCAUUUAUUUCUCUUUUUUAUUUCCAGUGGGUGAGCCACCCUUGGCAUCGCGCCUCAUGCAUGUGACUCAGAUGGAUUCUGCUCGUCUGAAGGAUUCCUGCAAAUCCUCAGAGUUGUCCAACCUGCCUUGGCUCAGGCUGGAGCCUGUGAGAAACACACUCAGAGUGGGUUGUGCAGUGCCAGCACUGUUCUCCCUGUGCGGAUGGACCGCUGUGUGCAGGGACGUGGCAGUCACUCUUGCUGCGUGCCCUGUGGGAUGGAAUCGGGAUGGCUGCUCUGAGCUCAAUGGAGGGAGGUCCCCAUGGAGCUUUUGUGUAUGGCGCAAUGCUGUGUUUCUUUUUAGCUUAUUCGGGUUCCAGCCAGCUGGCCUCACGCUGUCUUUGUUGUGGGAAGUGGUCCCCUUGAAGUCAGGGGAAUUGGGCUUGGGGCAUCUCGGAAGUUCCUUGGCUUCCACUGUUGUCAGUUCAAUUGAAUGCCUCAGACUUAAUUGCACCCACCCAAGGGCUAAUGUUUUUCAGAGGCACUGAAUGCCUCAGUCUCUCCUACUGAUAGGAGGUGGUGUGGUGAGAGAUCAGCAUCUCUGAUACUCUAGCUGCAUUAGCCAGGGGAGCACAGCUUCCUUUUAGCUUCUUGCACAGGUUUGCAAAGCUAGGUUGAUUUCAUUAUUUAUAAUUUUUUAAUCUGGCCAUUGAAACUUUAAGAUGAAAAUCAAACAGGAAGAAUUGUUUUGGAUGUGAACUUGGGUGUCUGUGCCUCAAUUUCCCCAAUGGUGUGCAAGAUGAGGGAGCUGCCAUCUUACUUAAUGGCAAGAUAAAGCUGUUGGAGAUAAUAAUCUUCUGAUGCAAGAUGCAAGUGGAACAUAAAACCUCAUGAAACUGAUCCUUUAUGGAGGGCUCUUUGGAAGAUCUGUUUCCUACUAAGCUAAUAAUAGCUCACCCAGCAAGUCUGGGUAAAGCUGGGAGAUUACAGAAGUUUAGGAGGAAGGGAAGACAUGAGCCUUCUAUGCAUCUUCUCCUUGUCAGUAGGGAGGCUUUCAACACAAGUGUGUUUUUAUCUCCGGGCGUGUUUUUGAAAGCCUUUCCCACAACCCACAUUCCUGGCAUGCCCCCACAAGGGAAAGAAUCAGAGAAAUGAAGGCUGGAAACGGAACAGGGUGGCAUGCAAUCACUCCUCUGACCUCCCUUCCCUAUCCUCUGCUGGUUCAGUUCGUUCUUCUGCCCCUCUGGCAAGAUGGGCACCUGUAAGAUACGGCUUGGGUUGAUGAAAUGGCCCUUGAUGCCUCAUGAGCAAGCUUCCUUGCAUGGGAGCCACCUUCCUCUCUUCCCCAUGCACAACUUGUACCACACAAAAAUGUUGCCACAGACUUCUAGAGCUGCCCAAGAGAGAUGUCCUCUGCAAAGGUAUAAGGACAUAACUUGGCCAUGGGGUUGGAAACCAUCCGCCACAGCGUGUUUGAGCUCCCCAUGGAGAUAGGAGAUGUCAGUCGCUGUGGCACCACUGCCUUUCUCAUAGAGCUGUGAGAUGGAGUGAGUCUGAGGCUACACCCAUCCCACUGCUUGGUUCAAGUUGCCUCCUUCACUACUGCCCCUAGUUCUGAAAGAAUGUGUUGGGUUUCUUUCCCACAGUUUGGCUGCUCAGCUAGCAUUGUCCUUCCUGCUUAUCCCCCACAUCCUAAGAAAGAAAAAUGGCACCCUACAGCUUAAGGGGAGUAAUGCUGGUGUCGAACCUACCGGAUGCUGGUGGCCUCUAAUCCCUUGCCACCAGUUUCAGAGCAUGAAUUCUGCUUCCAUACUUCCCAGAGGGGAUCUGGAUGAUGCACUGUCAGAGAGCUGGGGCAUGAGGGGUAGCAGGAGGUUUACCUCCAGUCCUUUAUUCCUUCCCAUUUUAGUUGAUCUGAAUGCAGAGACCAGUGCCUUCCACAGGGGAGCCAUCCCACACUGCUUAACCUCUUAGGCAGGAAAUUAGUGCUCAUGGGUCCUAGUGUCCUUGUGCUCAUCACUGCCUUGGCUUCUCCUGUGUCUCCUGGAAAAUCCUCUCCUGUACACACCCUCAAGAUCUACAGACCUGCUUAUCCAGUCUUGGGCUUACCUCAGUGCUUGGCUGAGGCCUGCCUACUCUCUGUUGGAAGCUCGCCUUGCCUUUGGGUUGGGCAUGGCCCCCACCCUUGCACCAGUGACUGCUUCUUGGGUCUCUGCUGUCCCAAGGCAUGCUCUGAGAAUGCAGCAAAGCUUCCUCCGCUGCCAGCAGUGUGAAGAUGGGUGUCCCAUACCAGUACAGGCCAGAUGCCCCCUGGCCAGGAUGAACAUCUGUAUGGGACCUGGAGAGCUGCUCCCAGACAGGAAAAAUUUGAAAUCUUCAACCUGGGUUUGAAGACUGGGCACAGCCUGAAGAUCAAGGGCAAGAUAUCCGAUGAUACCGAUAACUUCAGCAUCAAUCUCGGCUGCAGGUCCUCAGAUCUGGCAUUUCAUUUCAAUCCCCGGUUCAAUGAGUCUGUCAUCGUCUGCAACUCCAAGUGCUCCAAUGCCUGGGAGGCAGAGCAUCGCGAUGACCACCUCUGUUUCUCCAGGGGCUCCUCUAUAAAGAUCGUUAUUGAAAUGCUGGAAGACAAAUUCCAAGUGAAACUACCAGAUGGGCAUGAAGUGGAGUUCCCCAACCGGCACUGCUACAACAAGAUCAGCUACAUGAGUGUCAAGGGAGGCUUCAGGGUCACCUCCUUCAAGCUGGACUGAUGGGUGCAGCUUCCUGGCUCUAAUAAAAACCCAAGCAGUGGGAGACUGCUUGCUCCAG